UUCAUCCUGACCCGUCGCAUCGCAGCAAAACGUUUGUGACACGCACAAUUCCUGCAAGUGUUGCAGGAUCCGGAGGCGGUCGUUCCAGGAAACCGCCCAAGCAUCUCCGCCCACUUUAGCCGGGAAAUCGGGUAGCAGGAGCAGCAGUCUAUUCCGCGCCCUUACCAUGACUGUGCAGCCUGGCCCUUUAAUCAGGGACAGAUGCACAUCCUCAAUUUGAUGCACUAAAAUGCAAUUUUCCGCGCCCGUUUUUCUCUUAAAAAGCGCAUAUUUGUCUAUAUCGGUGUGAAUGUAGUGCCAUAUGGUGAAAUCGUGGUACCGUUAGUAGGAUUAGCCAGGCACAAUGUUUAAAUAUCUCAUUGGAGUAGCUAUUUUGAGCAAUAUUGUUGUAUCCAGAAAACAUCCAGAACCAUACUAUGGAACAAAGAUCGGGCCCCUACAAGACUUCGCUCAUGGGAUUAGGGGCAUCGUGUACGCCGUCGACGAGACAACAAUUUUUAUAAAAGGUUUCUCUUAUGACGGCACUGGUCCGGAUGCUUUUUUCUGGAUAGGGAAUUCCCCCAGGCCCAGUCCCGAGGGUAUCAUCAUACCUUAUCCGGAAGACUACCGUGAAAGGGAUCCGCCGGUUCUGAAGUCCCACAACAACACCGAUAUAAUCCUGCGACUACCAAUGGGGAAACGAAUUAGAGAUAUUCGAUGGCUGUCCGUUUGGUGCCGACGAUUUACAGUAGAUUUUGGGGAGGUAUUUAUUCCACCGAACUUGGAAGUACCCAAGCCUCGGGUUCUUCCAGAAUUUAAGCGACUAGCUCACGGAUUGCGCUCGGAUAAUAUCACUAUUCUGGAUGCCAAAACAUUCUACAUUCCCAAUCUGCAUUAUGAUGGUGCCGGUCCAGACGCUUAUUUUUGGGUGGGUAACGGGACGGAACCCACUCCUUUUGGAUUCAAGGUUCCAAACGAACUUGGAUCGUUUGAGCCCUUACGUGGAUACCUUGGGGAAGACAUAGAAAUUCAACUUCCUGGGACAAUGACCGUUUACGAUAUUGAUUGGUUAGCUGUUUGGUGUGUAAAGUUUCGACAUAACUUUGGCCACGUAAUGAUUCCGAAGGAUCUGGAUGUGCCUCCUGCACUUGGCCAGACGAAGAUAUCGCCUCCUUGGUGGUACAAUCCAACGACCACCACCACUGUACCCCCAGCACCCAACAAUUGCAGGGAAUUUUUAGAUAAACGUCUUCAAGUCAGAUGGAUCAUGAAAGGCGACCGAGUGGAGAUCACGCUGUCUGCCAGGAUUGGGGACGAUAAAUACAUGGCUUUUGGUUUGUCUGGGGAUAAUAAUAAAGCUCAAAUGAUUGGAGCAGAUAUAACAGUGGUUUUCUUUGACAAAGAUUUAAGAUCCUUCCGAGCAGAGGAUUACUACAUAUCACAUUUAUCGCAAUGCGAUGGGAAAUCUGGGGUUUGUCCUGAUGAGCGUAUAGGAGGGAGAAAUGAUGUGUCAGUGCUGCAUGGCGAUCGAACUAAUGGUGUGCUUACCAUCAAAUACAGCAAACCUUUACACACAAAUGAAGCGAUUAAUGAUCGACCGAUACCAGAAAGUGAUCCAGUAAGUGUGAUAGCGGCUUUUGGACCCUUGAAUAAUCGAACAGAAGCGAACGCUCACACUAGAAAAGAUAGAACUGAUACGGAUUCGCAAAUUAAUUUCAGCGAUUUGAAUGAUAAUCAAUGCACUUUGACUGUAGAGAAUUUACCGCCUGAAGAUGGAAUUUUGUCCUGGCCUCCGGCAAAAAUAAUUGGUGAAAACACGUUCUAUGUGAAAAUUGGACCAACUGGAGGUGCCAAAGGUUACUCAAAAAUAACAGGCUUGCCAUCGUGGGGAACGUGUUACUAUAUAAACGAUUUGUUAAUUCCUGAGCUGUUUGUAGAACGAGGCCAAACUUAUAGAUUUGUAGUGGAAACUGGGGAAUCACAAACAAAUCCUGCAAGAUUUCACCCUUUAUACAUCAGCGAUUCAAGCAUUGGAGGUUUUAAACAACUGAAUGAAGAACAGCAAAGGCAGCAACGAAUAUAUGCUGGAAUUGACUAUGAUUCUAAUGGAGAACCUUUUCCCAUUGCAACAGGAAGAUAUUGCGAAUGGGCUCAUAAGAGCAUUGAUCGAGCCUUGGAAUCUGAUACUUUUGAAAACUACAAAGCGACGCUCAGGUUGGAAUGCGAUGAUGGGCAAGCAACUUUUUUCAAUUGGACAGUGCCAAUGGAUGCUCCAGAUACAUUGUAUUAUCAAUGUUACGUUCAUCAAAAUUUGGGAUGGAAAAUUCGAGUGGUGGACCCAGGUUACAUAUCGCAACAAAACGGGGAAAAUGUGACUGCUGGAGCAUCCAUAUCGAUACCAACUGAAACUCUGUCAGUUUACCUAAUGACAAUAAUACUUCAGACAAUAAUUAUCUGGCAACUAUAGAAUAUUUUGCAUAUUUUACAAAUUUAGACUAAAUGACUUUAAACCUUACUGACAAUAAGUGGAUGGAAUUCCACGUAAUACUGCACGUUUUAUUUUCUCUGUCAAGCGCACAAUAAUCUUUUUGUACUUUUGUGAAAUGCCUGUUAAAUUCUUAUAGUAGAAUUUGACAAUAUUUAUUAUUUGAUGAGAGAUUUACAUCCUGCAGAAAUUAAAAUGACAAAAUGUUGCCAUUCUACUUUUCUAAUUGUUAGAUUUGGCUCUGGCUGAACAUUUUAAACGGCAAAUUACUGUUCAUUUUUAGUUGAUAUCGUAACAUAUCACACCAAGAAAAUAAAGUAAUUCGUAAUCGAUUAGACUUUAAGAUGAAUACUCUCUUUUAAUCUUUGUAAUAACAUGUCAAUUUUUUAUACUUAAAUUUUAUGAAUUUUAGACAAAACGUUAUUUCGUCGGCGUUUCAUCCACUAUCGACACCAUUUGUAAGCAAAAGGAGAAUUUUUAAUACCUUCCAGAAGGAAUACCGGUUUCCGAUACGCAUAAUUUCUACAAAAUGGUUUUAUAAUUAAAAACACAUUAAACAAAAUGCCCUUUGCCAUAGAAUAUGUUCCAAAUUUCAAAAUUACUUUCGAUAUUCACUUUUAAUGACAGUAACAUAACUCGGAUUGAUCGUAGGUGGGUGAAGCGCCUUAAUUAAACUUAGCUGAACUAUUAAAUAACUUAAAUCGAUAUUACAGAGGAAGAUCCUCCUUAUUCUCUGAAAUUAAUUUCAGUGACAAAAAAUAAAUUUGAAUUAUAACAAUAUUACCAAUAAUGGGGUUCUGCUUGUGUAAUAAAUCGACAUAUUAAACUUUGUACAUACAUGUGUUAUUAACUCAUAAACAUUGUUCAAGAAUACCACAAAUGUUACAAGGAAAGUAUAUUUUUACUGAACGAUUGAACGGAAAAUAUACGGUGUCUGCGAAAACUGCAACUAGUCUGUCAACUCUAGAUUGGCGAAUCAGACAUGUUGACAAACAUGUAACUCUUAUCAUACCUCUGUUAAUUUGUACUUUAUUACACUUAUUUAUUUACUAUACCAUGUGACCGAGCUUACGCUUUAAAAAACUGUUUCUUACACUUGUCUCCACAUUCGUUCGUGAUUUGGACGAGUAUACGGGGUUGAAAUACUACAGAUUUUUAAGUAAAUACGGUAUAAAAUCUUAAAAAUAAUGGUUGGCGGUUGGUGCAGUCCGUUCUUGCUUUCCAGAUUUUUUGCUCAGUAUAAAAAAAAUUUAUAUCAAUUAUUAGCUGAAAUUUACUAAUGGCGAUAUUUGAUUUUGCUGACAGACAUUAAAGAACGCAUAUCCUUAAGCCCAAGUACGUUAACUAACUUACAUACUAAAUAAUACCUUGGAAUGUCUUGAAAUUAAAAAACAGUAUGCUUCUUUAAGUUGAACUCCGAGGCAACAUGCACAAGACGUCAAAAUUUCAAAGUUUAAAGAGACUAAUAAAAGUUCUAUUAUUUUUCCGCAAUAAGCAUAAAGUUAGCAAAUUACCUCACUAUUUCAAUAUACUUUUCAAUGGUGAAUGAAUAAUGUUUCAAAUGUGACUCUACGUCUUUAUGAUUUGAUCCAUAUUGUUUUACUCCGGUCAUUUUUGCGAGGAAGAGGAUAUCAAAGAAUGGAAAUUUUUACUUAAUUCAGAUUUUCAAGUCGUUCAAUGUGCAAACCAAAAAAUUGUAUUUUCUAGCAUCAAAUAUAAGAUGGAAAUGUCUACUACUCCCUUCCAUCUUCUUCAAGUAUCUCGACUCGAUCGAAAUUAGGAACAAUCGAAUGGAAGCGUUUUUGUUAGCAAUUUUUUACGUUAGUAAGAAAAAGUUUUAAAAAGGAUCUGACUAGAAUAGCUUCGAUUAUUAUAUUGAGUUCAAGUCUGGCUGUUGAACAGUGUUUGAAAACUUUCUGCCGAUUGAAUUUUUAUUAUUUUAUAUAUGAACUUCCAGAUACAUUUUGGUAUUCAUGAAUAUGUAGUGAUAGAUAUUUAAAUAAAUAAUCAGAUGGGUAUGUCAAAUAAUAGCCAUAUCUUGACAAUAAAUAGGUAUGUAUUUCAUAAGCUUUAAAAGUCGAUCGCUUCUACAUAAUUAUAAAGAUGUUAACGAUUUCAAACACAAAAAAUCUUUCUUGGGCAUUACAAAUUUUAUAUAUAUUGGAUAUGCGCUGGCAACCAGUCUAGGUAAAAGCUUACCUUACUUUGUUUUUAAAAAAUAAUUGCACUUUUUAAUUAUUUUAAACAAGUACUUAUAGGAAAGAAUUAAUUUGAUCAC